AUGGGCGUGCAAAUACUUCGGAUAAAGUUUCGAUGCCAUAGAUUACCGAAGGUGGAUGAAGAACUGCAUGCAAGAACGAUUUUCGAACCAGUUGCUGUAGAAGCUCGUCCAGCGAAAACGAAAUCAAAAACUCGUAGCAAGCUGAAAUGGAAGGAAGAUGUUGAUUUAAAGGAAAAAACAGAGGAAUCAAAAGAUUUUAAAACCGAAGAAUCGAAAGAUUCUACCACUAAUUCUGAAAAAGCGAUACGUUUGAAUAUAAAACAUAUGGAAGAAUCCGACCAGGUAAAGGCAAAUGAAAAUUUAGAAAAGAGUAAAGAUAGUACUGGUGAAUUACGGCAAUCAAUUCUCUGGAUGAUUAUUCGAAAAGUUCUAGAAGAAAUACUCAUCUGGCUAAUUAUUAUCAUAAUUCUUAUCAUUAAAAGAAUUCAGCAUUCCUUGAACUUUUAA